CGGGGGUGGAAGCACGUGCCGGGGCGGGAGCAGCGACCGCAGCUAUGGCGUCGUUACUUUGGGGAGGCGACGCGGGGGCGGCCGAGAGCGAGCGGCUGAACAGCCACUUUUCGAAUCUUGUCCACCCCCGGAAGAACCUUCGGGGUAUUAGGAGUAACACAGUCCCUAACAUAGAUAAUUCUCUUAACACGGAAGAUGAUGAAGACGACAUAGUGGAUUUGGCAGCCAAUUCACUCUUAAACAAGUUAAUCCGUCAAUCCUUAGUAGAAUCCAGUCACCGAGUAGAAGUCUUACAAAAAGAUCCACGCUCUCCGCUCUACUCAGUAAAAACAUUUGAAGAGCUGCGGUUAAAGGAAGAGUUACUAAAAGGCAUCUAUGCAAUGGGAUUUAACAGGCCAUCUAAAAUCCAAGAAAUGGCCCUCCCUAUGAUGUUGGCACAUCCACCCCAAAACCUCAUAGCACAGAGUCAGUCUGGAACAGGAAAAACAGCUGCCUUUGUGUUGGCCAUGCUAAGCAGAGUGAAUGCCUUGGAAUUGUUCCCGCAGUGCCUCUGUCUGGCUCCUACCUAUGAACUGGCCCUGCAGACUGGCCGUGUAGUUGAGAAAAUGGGGAAAUUCUGUGUGGAUGUUGAAGUUAUGUAUGCCAUUCGAGGAAAUCGAAUUCCUAGGGGCACCGAGGUCACCAAACAGAUUAUAAUUGGUACUCCCGGGACUGUCCUAGAUUGGUGUUUCAAGAGAAAGUUGAUUGAUUUGACUAAGAUUCGUGUGUUUGUCCUGGAUGAAGCAGAUGUGAUGAUUGACACCCAAGGUUUCUCAGAUCAGAGCAUACGGAUCCAAAGAGCUUUGCCCUCUGAAUGCCAGAUGCUCCUCUUCUCAGCAACCUUUGAAGACUCUGUGUGGCAGUUUGCUGAGCGAAUUAUCCCUGACCCUAAUGUUAUCAAGUUACGCAAAGAGGAGCUGACCCUUAACAACAUCCGGCAAUAUUAUGUGCUGUGUGAGAACAGGAAGGACAAGUACCAGGCUCUAUGCAACAUUUAUGGUGGCAUCACCAUUGGCCAGGCCAUCAUCUUCUGCCAGACACGUCGAAAUGCCAAAUGGUUGACAGUGGAGAUGAUGCAGGAUGGCCACCAGGUGUCCUUGUUAAGCGGGGAACUCACAGUGGAACAGAGAGCUUCCAUCAUUCAGAGGUUUCGGGAUGGUAAAGAGAAGGUUCUUAUAACGACCAAUGUUUGUGCUAGAGGGAUUGAUGUGAAGCAGGUCACAAUUGUUGUGAACUUCGAUCUUCCUAUAAAUCAAUCAAAAGAGCCAGAUUACGAGACCUAUCUCCACCGCAUUGGACGGACAGGACGUUUUGGGAAAAAAGGCCUUGCUUUCAACAUGAUUGAAGUAGAUAAGCUGCCCUUACUUAUGAAAAUCCAGAACCACUUCAACAGCAAUAUUAAGCAACUGGACCCAGAAGACAUGGAUGAGAUUGAAAAGAUUGAAUAUUGAAGAAAGAACUUUAUUGUUUGUGAAAUAUCCUAGUUUAUGUGAGAAUGUUCCAGCAGAUUUUGAAGAUAAUUUUCUAUGUUGAGGCUCUUUCAACGUGAAACUCUGGCAGUUGACAAAAUAAAUGUCAUAGUACUCUCCA